CAGCGACGGCAGCAGUUCGAGCUCGGCAGCGCCGGCGCCCAGACUCGCUGCCGCCUCUCCGUCCCCGUUCUCUCGCAGCGUCAUUUGUGUCCUCUCGACGCAUCUCCUUCUCCUCCUUCUCGAGUGAUGUGAUGCCUGUACGUGUGCGUCGUCUUGGUGCGUCGAGUGCGCUGCACGAGCUGUACCGUGGAACCUGCUGCUGCUGGGGAGGCGAUGACGACGACGACGAUGACAAUGCUAGACUCUGCUCCGAGGAGACAUUGCGGCCUGCGCUACUGAGGGACUGGUCCGCCAACCCAAGGAGAGCACUCCUUGCGACAACGGUCAGCGCAUGGGGCAACGAGAUGCCUUUGAAGGAACUGCCUCCUGGAGCACUUGCACGUGUAUACGAAUGCUUGUAAUGUCGAGUAAUUAAUCUGAUGCACGGUGAAGGCAAGGGGCAAAGGAGGUCGAGGCAAGUAGAUUUCCAGGGGGUGGCGGCUGCAGGGCGGCUCCUCUUUCUUUUCUCCUCGGGCAUAGAGUGUUGUAUAGGCAUCUGCGAGUCGCGGCUGCACCCGGUGAGAAUUUAAAAUAGAUUCGCCGUGCGGCGCCCGGGCAUCGACGACCACGAGGAGACGGGCUUAUCGCGCGCGCGCUCCUGGCAAGGGCUUUGACGACGCCACAACAGAGAGAAAGAGAGAGAAAAAGACGGCCCGGCCAGCUCGAGCGAGCCGAAAGAUAGACCGUUUAUGGAGAGUUUUCCCGGCACUGCAUUCUUCUUCUCUCCCUCGGUCUUUCUUUUGCACGCCCGCGCGCUAUAUUUCCCUUUGCCGUGCACGAGGCUCCGGGCGGAGGACGCUUGCCCUCCCGCGCGAGCGUACAAAUAUGGGUAUGCGCGCGGGCCGGCCUCGUUGACCCGCGGACAUGGAUCCCUGCGUUUACUAUCGGCCAACAAGCGCGAACCAGCGCGCGGCUAAAAACAAGAGCGAGGGGCGGGGGAGUCCGCUAAUGCCCGCAGGGGCGCAUCGCGAGAGUCCUGCCAGAGACACGGCACUUAUCGCGCGCAGGACUAAAAAUUUUGCCCAUUUGCCAAGUGACAUUUAGAGCGUUGAAUAGGGAUCGUUAGCGUCUGCCAGAAGUACAUUACAAAAGUUGGAGCUUCCCCGGGCGGAUGCAAACGCGGCACAAGGCUCCGAGGCUGAAAAGAUGCUUCGGUUAUUGUGGCGACGAGGCGCAAGUGAGAAAGUACGGGCACAGCGGCGCCGCUCACCCGGUUCGUCCUCGCUCGCGCUAUCAUCCGGCCGGCGGAACGUGCUCGCGCAAUUUCGAACUCUCGUCUUCGAGAAUUCCCGCGAAAAGUUCGCGACCAUCCGUAGAUAUGCAUGUCCAGCUUUGUGACUCGCUGCUUUGACGACGGGCCGAGGACAAUACUUGUGUGUGUCUGUAUGUCUCUCUCUGUCUCUCUCUCUCUCUCUCUCUCUCUCUCUCUCUCUCUCUCUGUCUCGCAGGAAUCCGCACCCAUGGGAGCGCAGUGAGAGGAUGUUGUCAGCGAGCUUUUUCCAAGCUGUCUUGGCGCUCCUCGGAGGCUUGCACACGCUGCGCUUCGCUCAGUCUGCCCUCGUCAUGCCUACGAUAAGAACCACGGGAGGAUCCAGCCUCGCGAGCGUAGUUGCGGGCAGUAACAAGCCGACAAGGUCGUGGGACAAGCCCUACUUUGAUGACGUAUCACCUCGCAAUGUCACAGCUGUCGUUGGGCAAACUGCUGAGUUAAGCUGCCACGUUAAGCAUCCCGGCGAUCGCACGAUCUCGUGGAUGCGGAAGCGCGACCUACACAUACUCACCUCUUCGGUCUACACGUACACCGGAGACGCGAGAUUUUCCGUCUCGCACCCGGAAACCUCGGACGAGUGGAAGCUCAAAAUUGCAUACGUCCAGCCGCGCGACGCUGGGAUUUACGAAUGUCAAAUUAACACGGAGCCGAAAUUAAAUCUCGCGUUCAUGCUGCGAGUGGAAGAAAGUGCCCCUGUCCCCGCUACCACACCAAACGCCAUUCACCGGACGUUCAACUCAGCGGCCCAGGCGAGGAUCAAGGAGCCGGAGGACAUCUACGUGAAGAAGGGCAGCACGAUAAGCCUGACCUGUACGGUCAACGUACAGAGCACACCGCCGAGCAGUGUAUCCUGGCAUCACGGCAACUCCGUCGUGGAUUUCGACAGUCCCAGCAUUCAUCGCAGGGGCGGAGUCUCCUUGGAGACGGAAAAGACGGAGAGCGGGACGACGAGCAAGCUCCUGGUGACGCAGGCUCGCAUCAGUGACAGUGGAAAUUACACUUGCAUACCCAGCAACGCUAAUCCCGCCAGCGUCACGGUCCACGUCCUCAAUGGCGAACAUCCAGCGGCGAUGCAGCACGCCGGCACGGGCUACAGCGGCGGGACAGCUCCGAAGCUGCUGCUCGCGAUACUGACGCUACUGCUCGGCAACCUGGUCAGGUGAGCUAGCACGUAAUUCCAGCGCGUCGUGCGGUUCUAGCAUACACUAUGCACACCGCUGCGCAGGAGCCAAACUGUGCACGAUGUGAUAGCGGACAGAGAUCCGCGGCCGAUGAUGCGCGACACGCGUGACGGAGGCCGAGCAUGGGGCCGAAUAAGGGGCUACACUUAAGGAGUACUUAAUCAAACGUUGCAUGAAAGAGAGCAAAUCAAAGCGCGACGGGGAGGAGAGAUCGUCUCUCAGUUGUUUGAAAGUUGAAAGUGAAAAUUUACCGAGCUGACUGCACUCGUGCAGGACUUGUGUGUACAUUCGAGAUUACGGGCGAUGUAAUUUUAAUCGCGUGUGUGUGUGUGUGUGUGUGCGUGUGUGUGUGUGUGUGUGUGUGUAUAUAUAUAUAUAUAUAUAUA